AAAGAAAUGAAAGUCUCUUGACAGCAGAAAUCACACCCAGGCCACUGACAAGUUCCAACUCAGUUUCUGUCUUAUUAAAUAUUUCCUGCGUCGCAUUCUGCACUUUUGGACGAAGCAGGAGCUCUCGAGGUAUGGAAUAUGGCAGCAACUGAAACGCAGCUUAUGUUAAGCGUCGGAUUAAUCGAGAAAGAUGUGAAUGGAGACACUCUGUGGGUCUGGUGCUACCCCUCCGUGGGCUCAGACCUGAGACAAGUCCUGCUCAGCAAGUGCUGUCUGACACAGGACAGCCGGGACUUUCACACCUUUGUGUUCGGUCAGUUCUGUCGCACCUGGUACUACAUCACCACAGUGGAGGUGCAGGAACCCACAGCUCUGAACAAGGUCACUCAUUUCUCAAUAGUUGUUACAGCAAAAGACUUCAACCCUGAGAAGUAUGCAGCUCUCAGUAGAAUCCUCUGCAGGAUGUACAUCAAACACGGCAGCCCGGUGAAGAUGAUGGAGGCUUACGUCACCGUCCUCACCAAAGGAAUCUGCCAGAGUGAUGAAAACGGCUCUUUUCUAAUUAAGGACUACGACGCUCGGAAAGCGUUCCUGGCCGGUUCAGUCAAAGACGUGGUGUCUCAGUUUGGGAUGGAGACCAUCAUCCUGUACACGGCUCUCAUGCUGAAGAAGAGGAUCGUUGUCCAUCACCCUCGGAUUGAAGCACUGUUGGAGUUUACAAGAGUUCUGCCGACUCUGACCUGGCACAGGAAGGACUGGUCCAUCCUGCACCCGUACGUGCACCUGACUGAAACUGAACUGGAGGAUCUCAAGAAAUGUCCGGGAUAUGUAGCAGGAUUUGUAGAUCCGGAAGUGAGCAACAGAUCGGACUUGUUUGAUGUGUACGUGAACCUCCCAGACAGUGUCAUCACAGUGUCCCAGAGUGCCAAAGAGGCCAUGGCCAUGGGGAAGCUGCACAAAGACGUCGGCCACCUGAUCGUCCAGUCUGCAGAGGACACUGAAAGGUCGGACAGCCAGGUCAUAAAGGAUAUUUCCAUCAAGACUAAAGAGAUCCUCGCCAACCUGGUGGCUCUGGCUGAUGAGUGUGAAGACUCAAAGAUCACACUGGAAGGUCUAAAGCAGCAUCAUUUCCCUCCGGCCACAGAGAACUUCCUCUUUCAUUUGGCAGCUGCAGAGCAACUCUUACGGAUAUAAAAGACACUUGACAUUACUGUCAGCAGCAGCAGCAGCAGCAGCAGCAUGGACUCUGGCUGUGCUGCUCUGUGUGUGUGUGUGUUGGGAUAAUGAAAGGCUUGUGCACACUCUCACUGUGAUCAUGAGACUGUGCACAACACUCUUUCUCACAGUAAUCUGUAAGGUAGGAACGUGUCACUAGCACUGUGCAACACACAAGGAUGUUUUUUAUCAUAGAGUUAUAUGGUUGUGUAUAAAAGACCAAAACCAACAAUGAAGUGAUCCAAUCAGUAAUCUGUGUAUCCAGCCCAGUCUCACCUUCAACACUAUGUCCAGCCCACGGUGUCUUACACACACACACGCACACACACACACACACACACAUCUGUAUGAGACGCAUCAGGCUUUCCAUCAACUCUAAUGUAAACCCGUCUGCUGCAAUAUUAGACACUUAGAGCAGGAGUUCUUAACCUUUUUGAGUCGCGACCCCCAAUUAAACAUGCAUGUUGUCAAGACGAAUUUCGGACAAAUAAUGAAGCAGACAACAACUAAAACAUCUCUCUGUCGUUGCAUUUAUAUGGUUUUUUUUAUAUUUUAUUGUUACUUUUAAUCUAAGUCCUUUGCUAUCAGUUUAAAGGUCCAUUCUGACCUCCUGAGUGUGUAACAGUCAGCUUCAAGCCAGAGACUCCUUGGAAAGUAAGAACUUGAUACUUUGGGAUUUGUCAGAAAAGACACAAAAUUACCCAAAAAAGAAACAAAUUGACCACAAAAUGAUUUUUUUUUAAAAAGACACAAAAUGACCAAAAAAUGACAUAAAAUUAAACAAAAAAGGACUCAAAUUGACCACAAAAUGACAAAAAAUGACCACAAAAAGACAAAAAAUGACCACAAAAUGCCCCAAAAAAGAAACAAAACACAAAAUUACUAAAAAGAAAAGACACAAAAUUACCGAAAAAAAGACACUAAUUGACCACAAAAUGAUCAAAAAAGACACAAAAUGACAAAAAAAAAAAAGACAAAAUGACCAAAAAAAGACUUAAACAAAUUGAUGCAUGAACACUUUAACACAGUGGAGACAGAGCUGACUUCCAAAAUGAUUUGGUGACCCCCAGAAAUCAUCUCGAGACCCCAAGGUUGAGAAUAGCUGACUUAUAGUAACAGACGUAAUACGAAGAGUGCAAGUGCUGGUGGAUGAGUUGCAUAAACCCCAGACUCUGUCUCAAGUUAAACCAAGAGUUAAUAUUGUUAUUGGGAAUCAACCUCCCUAGCUGCACCCAUAUUUCAGUGUGGAAGUAGUUGUUUUUAAGCCGAACCCUGUUCUUUUACCCUAACCUUGUUCAAGUGGUUUUAUAACUGUAUGCAUAAUUAUAAAUAGUUCAAAAAACAUGUGAACUAUUUGCUCUUAUUUCACAUUGUUUUUUUAAAAAAUGACAGUGCCCGGCUGUAUUAGGAAUUUUCCUUUUUCUUUUUUAAAUGUAAGUAUAUACAGUCAUGGAAAAAUGAUUAGACCACCCUUGUUUUCUUCAGUUUCUUGUUCAUUUUUCAUGGUUUUCUUGAUAAUGAUUUUGGUUAUGUAAAAUGUCUAGAUAUCAGCUCUUAAAUUAAACUCUUUUUAUCAUUAUAUUUGUCCAAACAAAUGUACCUUUAGUUGCACCAGGCAUUAAAAUGAACAAGAAAUUGAAGAAAACGAGGGUGGUCUAAUAAUUUUUCCAUGACUGAGCCAAGAGCCACAGACAGGAGGAGAGUCAAAGUAUUAAAGACAGGAUAAGUAGGAUUUGUCAGUUGUGGUUUGUAAACAACACUCAAAGUUUGACCCUCUUCUCCGACUCAGCAACAUUAUAUUAGCCUGCCAGUUUAAUGAUCUUCAGUCUAUUGGGCAUCAUAUUUGUGUCCAGACAAGAGAAUUUAGCAUCCUGAGCUUCAGACUCAGAAUACUGUCAGCCAGAAACUUCUCUGCAUGAUUAAAAAAAAAAUUGUGCCCUUACAGAUGGACUUACUUGCUGUUGAUUUUGGUCUUUUUAUGAGAUUUGGUGACAUUCAGAAAAACAAAGUUGGCCUUGUCCUUUAACAUCAGUAGUGUUGGAGAAUAAGGAGUUAAAAUAUUUAUCUCUAACUUUGUGAAAUGGAGAUAAAUAAGCUGGUACAUCUGAUUCCACAGUGCAAAACGGCAAAUCUCGCUCCUUUGUCCAAAAUAUUGGGUACAUGCUGUGAAGAGUCCAACCCAGAUAAAUAUAAAUAUAUAUAUAUAUACACACACAUAUAUAAAAGCAGUAACAGCAGCUGAAAUGACUCAGAUUUAACAAGCAGUUAUUAUAAUUAAUACGUUUGUUGAUAGAAACGGCAUCAGAUUACAACUGCAAUAGGCAUUGCACAACAUGUGAGUUUAUUUCUUUAACAAUGCCACAUUUUGUAUUUUACUAAUGACUUAAAACAAGCAAAUUGUGUUGUGUUGUAUGAGGCUUUUUCACAGUUUUAUAAAAAAGAUUAUAGAUAGAAAAGAUCCUCGUCAAUCUGCAAACUGAUCAAAGUACGAUUGGUGCUUCCGUGUCUGUUGAUCCAUAUUGCAUUACAUGUGUCUCACUGUUCAGGUUUAUUUUAUAUUGAUGUAUACUUAGCGCUGUUAUUUUACAGUUGAGUACAUUUUCAACCACAUUGCCAAAAGAAUGGUUCAGUGCCUCAGUAUUUCAGAUCAGACACAGAGUGCAAUACACAGAAAUGCUCAUAGAACUUUAAAAACUAAAUGUAUUUUCAUGAAUUGAUGUAAUAUUUCCUAUCUAUGAACACAUGUAAUAUUCAAACUAAAUAAAUUUACUAUCAAAAAAUAG